ACCAUUCAGACAGAUAUACAUAAGGCAAUGUGUUUUCUUCUUCCUUUUCUAAACCAAAGUCUGACUGGGAUGAAAAGUGUUGUCAUUGGUGUGUCGUCCUCUACAGGAGACACACUCAUCGUUGAGGAGGAAAAAAACAAGCCAAAGCCUCAGGAUCGUCCCGCUGUAACGAAAGGACCUAACCUCGAAGGUUCACCUAUGCUGGCACGCCGAGUGGUCCCAGCUGAUAACUCCUGCCUCUUCACCAGUGUUUAUUAUGUGGUGGAAGGCGGCGUAUACGACCCCGCCUGUGCCCCUGAAAUGAGAGGUCUCAUUGCCCAGAUAGUCUCGAGUGACCCCACAGCUUACUCUGAAGCGGUGCUGGGGAAAACCAAUGAGGAGUACUGCACCUGGAUAAGACGUGAUGACACUUGGGGAGGAGCCAUCGAGGUAUCCAUCAUGUCUAAGUUCUACCAGUGUGAGAUCUGCGUAGUGGAUACUCAGACAGUGCGAGUAGACAGAUUUGGGGAGGAUGCUGGCUACCACAAACGCGUGUUGCUGAUCUAUGAUGGCAUCCACUACGACCCGCUGCAGAAAGAGAUCCCCGGAUCCGACACCCCGCCCCAGACUAUCUUCUCGACUACAGACGACGUAAUCCUGGCCCAGGCCCUCGAGCUGGCAGACGAGGCUCGCCGCAAGCGCCAGUUCACAGACGUUAACCGCUUUGCCUUGCGCUGCAUGGUGUGUCAGACAGGCUUGGUGGGACAAAAGGAAGCUCGUGAGCAUGCCAAGGAGACAGGCCACGCUAAUUUUGGUGAAGUGUGAAAGUCUUGCUGUCUUUUUCCUCUCUCACAAAUACAACAACCACCAACCCCCAUGCCCUGCGUCUGGCAACUCUGUGGGUCUGUCUGCUUUUGUGAUCCUCUACCUCACAUUAUCUGGCAACAUCUUUGGAGAUUCUGCAGGUACUGUGUUCCGCCUCUUACCUGUUCAGUAUUACUUUUUAACUACUGUCAGUUCUUACAGUCAGAAAUGCUACUGCAGUGCUCCAGUGUUAGAAACCAUAAUAUUCAGAUCUCUUUAAACUGGGUCAGGAUGCAAAAAAUUCUUAGUUGUUGUUUCGAUCUGUUAAGAACACUCAUGGACAAGUUCAUAAACCAAACAGUUUAGGAUGUGUUAUCGAUGCAGAAAAUUGGCAGAACUUACCCUUGACGAAACAAAGAUGUGCGAACAAAGAAUUUUAAAACGGUCACUAAGAAUUAUUUGCACAGUUAUGUGAUCACAUUCACUUUUGUCUUAAACACAGCACAGCAAGCUUGACUGUUAUUUAUCAUGUUGGUUAUGUAGCAUGUUUUUAUUACUUUGGGGGCAGAUGUAAGUAAUUCUUCCACUAAUUUCCUUAAAUUUAAACAUCUGAACUGUUCAAUAUAGGCGGCCUGAGUUAAUGCUAAGCAGGAUUCUUCUAAAGGAUUACUUGAUGAAAAAUCAAUCAGACACACUUCUAACCUCCUCAGUAUCCAUUGUUUUUGUUUGUUUGUUUGUUUGGUUUGUACAAUAACUUUAGCAUAAUUAUGGAUCAUUCAUAUUGUCAAUAUUUUCUGAGUUGCAUGCUCUGAAUCUGCACUGGGGUGACUCAAAAUUUGGCCAUUUGUUUAAUCCAGAAGGAUAUGACGACUAAAAGAAGAUCCAGGUAUCAAAAUGUAGGUAAAAAAAAUCUGAGCUUUCAUAGGCCACAGCUUGUUCUGAUUGCGUAACAAACAGAUAACUCAUUGCAGACUCCAAUGCAUCUCUCUGUUACUCUGCGUCCAUCGUAGACAUUAAAUGCAAUGAUUUGUCCCUUGAUUAUUAAGCUCAAAGUU